AUGAAAACCUCACACGAGGAGAGCAAACACGCAGCGUCAUCCUCCUCCAAAAUGCUGGUGGCUUCUCUACCCUUUCUCCAAUGCGAUCUCGCAAGCUCGCAGAGAAUCCCCUUGAGGAGCAAAUCAAACCUUUGGAGGCCGGCAGCAGCGCCACAAGGACCACAGAAGGCCACUGAGAGUUGCUGGAUACUCAGCAGCGUAAUCUCGUCGACAUCUCCUUCCGGCCGCUGCAGGUGAACGGAACGGACACACCUCCUGCAAACGCCAAAGCGUUGCAACGCCUCCUCUGUGUUUGAUCUGCACAUGCAGAUCUCGCCCGAGCCCGAUCAACAAUGCCAUUGUGAGCAGCACACGACGGGCCUGGGAGUGCUUCGUGCGCUCUUGUUCCAUCCAUGUAUUGCCUCUGUCUGUCUGUGUGUGUGUGUUCUGUGUUUGUGUGACUGCAGUGAUUUCGUGUACAUAUGGUGGCACCACAUGCGCGUGGGGUCUCGCCACCAGGUCCGCGUGCACAAGGGAUUCCGGCCACAGAAGUUCGAACACAUCGGACAAGCCAUCAACUUCGUCAGGUCGGUCACCACACCUGACCGACACACACACAGCGGCUGUACAGACGUGUCAUUCAUUUGAAUGACUCUCCCUCCCUCCCUCCUCUGUGUGUGUGUCUGUCAUCGGUGGAUGUAUGCAGGACGACUCGCACCAACAAGUUGUGGCCGGUGAAUGUGUGUCGGCCCAUCGACAGGGAGGAGUGGGGCACACGGCCGGGCGACUACAUUUUGCAGGUCGAGAAGGGCGACAUCAAGCCGACGGAGGAGGAGAUACAGAAGCUGGAGAAGUUCUUUGGCGUGCCACUCAGGCGGAAGAAGAAAAAGAGGGAGCCUGGCAAGUGGCUCAGACCUAUAUGACAGACAUGCAUGAGAUACGCGUGAUGCACCUACUGAUUGGUGUGUUUUGGGUUUCUUGUACAGUAGUCAGUCAGUCAGUCAGUCGUGGCCAUGCGGGGAGACUCUGGGUGUGUGGGGGUACGUGUCUUCUCGGCUUUCGGCUGUGUGUGCCGUGCGGAUGUCUGCCGCGUGGUGUGAGUGGAUGAUGGACACACUACUUGUAAGGGACACAUCACAUUGAUCUCAGUGUGUCAUUUCAGUUCAGACACAUGCAGCCAGUGAUCCGAUCGAUGAGCCAGCCUGCCUGCCUGCCUGCCUGCAUGUCUCUAUACGGGUCGACAAAUAUAAAAUGUAGACACCGAUAUGAAUAUGUGUCAAUCAGC